UAGAAAUGAAGUUAAUAAUGUAAACAAAUAUGGGCGACGCAAGAAACUAGCAGAAUUUAAUUGAAAUUGAUAUGGGGCUGUAUGUGACCCUAUGAAAAUAUGGCCAAUGAAGGUGUAAAGAAGUUUGGGUGGAAGCGAAAAAUUGGAGCACAGGUGUCCAAAUCCGCUUCAUCAGCAUUUGAAGAGGAAUCAAAAGAAGAAGGCGAUGUUUCAUUAUCUAAUGGAGAAGUUGAUUGGCUAACACUUGCUCCAAUUAAGAGAAGGACUGUGAUUGGCUUAGAAGAUGGAGUUGCCAAGGCAAACAGGCUUGUUCAGGAAGGAACUGUUCUAGCUGGUUCAGAAAGAUAUUGGGAAGCAUUGAAGAAAUGGGAAGAGGCAUUGCAGUAUACACCAUGUGAUGAGAAAAUACAUGAGAUGAAGGCUCAGGCUCUGAUGGAGUUAUGUGAAGUCUUUCCUGCUGUGCAGUCGGCUAAGAAAGCUGUGGAGUAUGGGCCAACAUGGUGGAUAGCCCACCAGACAUUAGGCCGAGCUUAUCUUGGACUGGGAGAAGUAAAAAUGGCUGUAGACAGUUUCUCGAGAGCAGUACACCUCAAUCCUGGUAGCAAGGAAUUAUGGGAAGACGACCUUAUGUGGGCGUACUCACUGCUUCAGAAGCGUCAAAAACUGGAGGAGGAAAAGAAACAGAUAUUGAAAGAAAAAUUUGGGGGUGGUGUGAAAAUUGUUGAAGUGGGAAGUGACAUAGACACUGAUGUUGAUGAUGAAGAAAAAGCUGUAGAUAUUUAUAGACAAGUGCAUGAACAGGGUGGAAAGAAAACAGAAGGAAAGUCUUUAAGAAACUUGCCAACAAAUUAUGUUCAAAUGAGAGACCCUUUACCACCUUGAAAAAAUAUGGCAAUUUUCAGAUUUACUUUUGUUUGUAUACAGAUGUAUAAAGCAGCUCAUUAUCACAUAAAUUUAACAACUUCAAAUCCUAGAAAGCACUUUCAUGUAUUAGUGAUAAAUGAUUUAGUUAAGUGAGUCUUUGAAAUAUGUAUCUCAAUUUAUAAAGUUUUAAGAAAUUUAUCUGCCUUUUAACACAGGUCCCAAGAUCAAAGGUCAAUGAAUUUAGGCCAUUUUUCUUGUUCAGGCUUACUUGCAUAUUCAGAUAACUUGGCAUAAACAUUCAACACAACAAGCUGAUGUGUCAUAGGGAUUCAAUUAAAAAUUGUGUUGGUGUAUUUUGUUUCUUUCCUUUUAAGGCGAUGAAGUAUAUCAUAAUCAUAACAUUUUUAUAGACAGUAUAAAUAGAUGUUUAAGAGCAGAUAACAAACUCUAGAUUUUCAGACAUGCCAACCCAGACUCGAACUUUUUGCAUUAUAACAUAUAAUGUAUGUAUGUACAGUAAAACUGAGAUAUAGGGAGCACGGAUAUAAUGAAAACUCAGAUAUAACAAACAAUACUUUAUUCCCCAUUUUUUGCCUUCUUUACUCCAUAUAGAAGAUACAACAAACUCUGUAAUAGCUUAAACCCGGCUUUAAAGGUGGUUAGUCAGAUUUUGAUAAAGUAAUGGAUUUGAUCAAAGGUUUAACAAAUAGCUUUUGCUGGAAGUAUUUUUAAAAUCUAAUUUCCCUAUCCUGGUUGCCCAACAAAGAUAUAGUUAUUUUAGCAUAUGUAUUAAUCUAAUCAGCAUACUUUGCCUAAGGACUGAUAUGAAUAUAGAACUAUUUUACUAUAUUUGUCAAAGAUUAACAUUAAAAAUAUAUAUUUAGCCAAAAUUCAUUAGAAAUGCAUGUUUGUAAACUUAAUAUUACCUCCCUUUACCUAUCUUGGUUGCGCAACCAGGAUAGAUUUGAAAUCAAUGAAUGAGGAAGCUACACACUAUUUUAAAACUUACUAUCCAAUGCAAAUGUAAAAUUAGAAAUUAUAUUGAAAUCAAAUGAAAUAGUUCAUGUUUUGAAUAAUUUCAUGUUAAAGCGGAGUAAUUACAAAAUUUCAUAAAACAUGACAAAACAAGGGAUUUAGCUCUAUGUACUGGGUCUUUUUGUUCAUAACAGAAUACACUAGAAAUGAAAAAAUGUCAUAAAAUAUUGCUUAAAUGUGAUUGACCUCCUUUAAGGAAACAUUUUUGGUCCAAAGGCAAUAAUUUAUGCAGAAAUGUAAACAGUUGUAACCAACAGUUUCAGAUGUUUUAUCUCAGAAUAGAAAUUGAACUUUAAUACACAUUGUGUAUUUAAUUGCAGCUAAUAUUAAAAUUUGAAUGCAAUAAUUACCAAUUAUAGAUUUCCAGUUUUUUUGUCAAAUUAAUUAUCUUUUCAUUGAUUAUAGCAUAAUACAUUUGUAUAUAUGAUUAUUUGCUUGUAGAAUUGAGACGGACAUUUCCAUUAUGUUGCCCCUUAAUUUGUAGAGGACUUUAUAUUGGCUUGCAGUAUGUUAUGUUAGAAAUAUUCCUAGAUUUGGGAUGCCAGUAAAUCUUUUGCAGUGGGAAUGUCAGUAACUUUGUUACAACUUCUUGUCUUGAUUUAUCUUUUUUUGUGUUUAAUAAAAUGUGUAAUAAAUUACAAACAUCCAGACAUUUUAGUAUGAUCCUUCUUUUGCAAUUGUAACACUAAAUAUAUCAGUUGCUGUUCUGGUAUGUGCAAUGCUUCAUUUUAGAAAAUUAAUGUAAAUUAAAUGAAAGGAAAUGCAAAGAUAUAUAAUUUUAUUAUGUACAGGCGUUAUUGUUUCCAAAUUAUUGGUAAUUGUGUUUGAUAAAAUGGGAAGCGAGAGAAAUAUUUAGCCAUUUUAGUAUGACCCUUGUUUUGCUAUUGUAAAACUAAAUUUAUAAGCUGCUGUUGUGAUACAUGCAAUGCUUUAUUGAAAAAUAAUAAAUUGUAUGAAAUUGAUAAGAAAUGCAGAGACA